GCUGGAGCCUCUGUUUCUCUGUACUACGAUCAGCGAGUCGAUCAGCGGAGAUGCCGUGGCCGCGGGACAAGUCGGCGGCGGUGGACGCGCGGUUCUACGCGCGGCACCCGACGACGUUCACGGUGACCAGAUCGUACUACACCGCAAGCAAGAGGGCGCGGGUUCGACGUCACGGCCGGCGGCGGCUCUGCCACGAUGCAGGUGGAGAUCGCCCACUACGGCUACCAGCGCCUGCGCUCCCUCAUCUUCCUCGAGGCCACCACGCGCCGCGCCGUGCUCACCGUCGAGGAGUCCCCGUCGGUGCUCCGGAUGGGCCGGCGGUGGGAGGCGUUCCGGGCCCGCGGCACGGGCCAGGCGGACCUUCUCUUCGUCGCCGUGAACAAGACGCCGUUCCUCACGCUCAGCACGACCACGGUCCACGUGUUCCUCGACGGCAGCUCAUCCGAAGAGCGGGCGCCCGACUUCGUAGUCCAUGGAAGCUACCACCGCGACGCGAUGACCGUCUCCGACUCCGGCGCCGCCGCCGUUGCACAGAUCGGCAAGAAGAGCACCCUGUGGGGCGCGCUGGUGGGAGAGCACACGUACACCGUGAGAGUGAACCCGGGCAUCGACCAGGCGUUCGUCCUGGCGCUCACCCUCAUCCUCGACCAGAUGCAUAAUGUAGAUCAUGAUCCAUACUAUUACCACCAUUCAUAUCGAUAUAGAUGAUACUAGCUAGGGCUCUGGAUUAUACCGCCGUUAAAAGAAAUCGUGUUAAGCACUACGCACACAU